ACCCUCUUGUCUUCCCAUGAUUACAUUCCAGCGAAGAGGUUCAGAAAAGAGGGAGGCUUAGCUCGGGACUCCCAAGGCUCGGAGAUGUGAUCCCCCAAAAGUUUAGCUGGAGAACGGGAGCCUGAAGGGCGAGGGAAGGGGGCUGGCGCCCGGGUUGCUCUGCGGGCGCGCGGCGGCGGAUUUCCAGGCGCCCUCCCUCGGCUGGCCUGCCCUGGGUGACCUCCCGGACCUGCCCUGGCGGAAUCUGGACUUGCCCGCCGGGAUGACGAGGAAUAAUUCUGCUUCAGGGCUGACUUCAAGGAUGUGAAUUGUUGACCUCAUCCCAACAUCAGAACCUCAGCUGUUAUUCUAACUUUUGCACCAUUCCAGGCAAGUUUUCCCCACUGAGAAAACUUGAAAUAAAAUUGAACCUUAAGGGUCUGAUGGAAAUUCACUGUGACAUUCAAAUCAAGAAAACUUGCUGAACCCCAACAGAGCCUUUUCCACAUGGGCCCUGAUGGUAGCCUCCAGAAGGUACAGCCUCAGGUGGUCUUCCUUCUUCUGUGGCAAGAAUAAACUUUGGGUCUUGGAUUGCAACCCCACCCGUGGAGAAAAUGGUAUGCGAGGGAAAGCGAUCAGCUUCCUGCCCUUGUUUCUUCCUCCUGACCGCCAAGUUCUACUGGAUCCUCACAAUGAUGCAAAGAACUCACAGCCAGGAGUAUGCCCAUUCCAUACGAGUGGACGGGGACAUCAUUCUGGGGGGUCUUUUCCCCGUCCACGCAAAGGGAGAGAGAGGGGUGCCUUGUGGGGAGCUGAAGAAGGAAAAGGGGAUCCACAGACUGGAGGCCAUGCUUUAUGCAAUUGACCAGAUUAAUAAGGACCCUGAUCUCCUCUCCAAUAUCACUCUGGGUGUCCGGAUCCUUGACACGUGCUCCAGGGACACCUAUGCUCUGGAGCAGUCGCUAACGUUCGUGCAAGCCUUGAUUGAGAAGGACGCUUCCGACGUGAAGUGUGCCAAUGGAGACCCGCCCAUUUUCACCAAGCCUGACAAGAUUUCUGGAGUCAUAGGUGCUGCAGCAAGCUCUGUGUCCAUCAUGGUUGCUAACAUUUUAAGACUUUUUAAGGUAGGUAAAGGCAUCGUCUUUUGGACCAUUGCGAAAGGAUAA